AUGUCAUUCUUUCAAAGAUCGCAAUUUUUGUUUCGAAGAAUCGGAAAUAAAUUUUUACCUUCUUCACUAAAAAUUCGUUACAAAUCGACGGUCCCCAACCGUCAAGACAGAAAACCAUCAAAAUACCCAAGUUUCAUACUCUGUACUUUAAUUUUCGGUUCAGCACUAAUAUACACUUAUUUAAAAUCAAAAAACUAUGAAGUACCAUUUUUGGAAGACGAUCUAAAAUUCCUGAGUUUCAAUUCCAAAUUCAAUCUCUUUGACAUUAGUCAAAAUAGAAGUAAAUUUAAUUUCAUCGCCGACGUCGUUGAAUUAUGUGCACCAUCCGUUGUUUUAGUUCAAGUUAAGGACUCAAUCAAAAAUAUCAAAAAUCCCACAAUAUUUGCCAAUGGUUCUGGAUUUAUUGUCAGACACGAUGGUUUAAUUCUGACGAAUGCUCACGUCAUUAUGAUUGCAAUGAAGAAGCAAAAUCUCACAAUAACCGUACGACUAAUGGAUGGAAUGACUUACAGUGCGAAUGUCGAGGACGUUGAUUUGGAAUCAGAUCUUGCGACAUUGAGAAUAAACAAAAAGAAUCUACCGGUGAUAAAAUUGGGAAGUUCGAAAAAUUUACGACCUGGGGAAUUUGUCGUGGCAAUUGGUUCGCCAUUGUCGUUGAGUAAUUCGAUAACAAGCGGCGUGGUGAGUAGUCCGAAUAGACGAAGUGAAGAAUUGGGGAUCUCGCACAAUCAGAUGAGUUACAUUCAAACGGAUGCGGCGAUUACUUUUGGAAAUUCGGGAGGACCUUUGGUGAAUCUCGAGGGUGAAGUGAUUGGAAUUAACGCGAUGAAAGUGACACCGGGAAUUUCGUUUGCAAUUCCAGUGGAUUAUGCGAAGGAGUUUUUGCAAAAAUCGGAAGCGAAGAGGAAGGGACAAGUUGUUCCUGUUCGACAGUUUGGAAGUGAUGGGGAAAUUGGAAGGAGGAGAUAUUUGGGUAUCACGAUGUUCACGUUAAUUCCGGAAGUGAUUUUUGAUAUGCAACACAUCAUUGGAAAUGGUUUACAAUUAAUUAAAAAUGGUGUUUUAAUUUGGGGGAUAAUUGAAGAUUCGCCAGCUGAAUUGGGUGGUUUGAAGAUUGGCGACAUUAUCGUUCAGGCAAAUGGUAGACCAGUGACGUCGGCGGGGAAUAUUUAUCAAGCACUGGAUGAAACGGGACCAUUGAUUUUGACAAUUUUAAGAAGAGGUCAAAUUUUAGAGUUUAAUAUUGAGCCAGAAAAAUUAACAUAAGAAGGAAUUUUACUAUCAACAAAAUUCGUCACUCUUCAUAAUGGUGAAGCAGCAGGUAAUUUUAUUUUAUUUCAUUUUUUUUAAUUUUUAUUACAUUCUCGUCACAUGAGAAAGUAUUAGUUUUUUUUUAAUAUUAUGAUGUUUUUGUUUUCUGCUUAAAAAUAUAAUCCACUUAUUUAUUUCUCUUUUUUAAAAUACAUUAGCUUUCGCCCGACUUUUUUUUAUUCUUUAUUUUUUUAAAUCAAGGUCAUUUUAUCUAACGUCCCCCUUGGGGCCGUUACGUUAGGCUAAAGUUUAAAUCAUAUGUGACCUAUUUUUUCACAUAUAGAUCAAGUUAUUUAAUGUCAUUCAAGCUAACGCCCCCCAGGGGCCGUUACAUUACCUUAAAUUUG